GAUACUGUAGACGGUAGGUCUGAUUCGGUCUUCGAGCGACAAAACUUCUGUCUCAAGUCAGCUUUCUGGUCAACGACAUCCGAGCUUUGCAAGUGGACGAACUCCACUCGGGAUUGGAAGUAUGGUACCGAUAUCUUUCGCUGACGCCACUCAAUACCGUUCUUCUUCUGGAGCUGUCAAACGGAAUUCGCAGCCUGUUCUCGGUCUAGCAUGAGACCUCUCACGACUCCUGUCUUCUCCAUUACUCGUGUUGCAGGACCUCUCAUCUUCAUAUCCUUUCACUUUUCCCGUCUCGAUGGGACCAGCUCAAAUUUCUUGUCUUGGAACUUCACGACUGUACCGUCUGACAGCUUGGGUGUUCUUCUACAUUGAGUCUUGAUUCAGCCUCCUCGGUGGCCCCCCAACUCGCGCUCUGCAUCGCCAUGGUCGCUUCAGAUGCACCGCCCACGCUGUACGGACUCGGAACCAUUCCCAAAGAGCUUUACGGUGUUUCAAUCUCUCUUCUGGUUAUCACAUGGUCUGCCGCCCUAUCAAGAGCAUAUGUUCGUGGCUAUGUGCUACGGUCAGUUGGCUGGGAUGACUGGACUCUGAUACCUGCUCAACUCUGUUAUACCGUCCAAUGUGCAUACAUGAUUCGCAUGGCACAAAUGGAGAUGAAUCCAGACAAGAACAGUGAUAUUCGAAGCAUAUCACAACUAGUCACUAACUUGGUCGCCUUCGCUGGCAUCUACGCUUUGACCUGUAUUCUUCUCAAAAUAUCGCUCGGCCUCUUCUUCCUACGAAUCAUCACAGAAGGAUGGCAACGCAACGUUAUCCAUGUUGGCAUACUAAUCAACACGCUCUACGGCAUCACAUACUUUGGCCUAUGCACUUUCGGCUGCGGCGAUCCUGCGAAAUACCUUUUGCGUAUCACUCUCAAGCAAUGCAUUUCUAUUGAUCGUGUCAUCAUUCCUGCUUCGUAUGUCUUCACCGGAUUCAAUGCCGUCAUGGACUGGAUCAUGGCACUCCUUCCAAUCACGACCAUUUGGCACCUUAACAUGCCGAAGAUGACAAAAUUCUGGGCAUACUCUCUAAUGGUGCUUGGGGGGACCGGCAGUAUCGUCUCGCUCAUUCGCUUUGCUUUUGUGAAGAGCUUGGAACCCGACGUCAACUUCUUCAAGAACACUGGCAAGCUUGCCUUCUACUCUCAUAUCGAACCCGGACUCGGGAUCGCAGCUGUCUGCCUUGCCACUCUCAGACCGCUUUUUAGACAGUGUCUCGAUGGCGCCAAAUCCAUGUCAAGCACACAAAGAAGUCACGGUCCCAGUGGCGCAAAGAGAACGAGUGUUGCAGGCGGCUCUGAAUUGCAAGUGACCAGCAUGAGAAAGAGUCGUCGGGUGCGAGAUGGGUUUGUCACAUUCGAAGAUGACAGCGACGGAAUGCAGACGCAAUGGUCCAAUGAAAAUGAGAUUGGCGUCAAGACUGAAUUUACAGUCGAGACUCGUCCAACGAGUUCUGAUGUAGAGCAGGGACAAGAGAUGUUCCCUCAUUAGCUUUCGUCCACCAACCCCUCGAACUGCAACAAGGAACCACUCUGCCGCUCAGGAAUAGCGACGUCCUUUGACAGUCCGCAUCUGUGUGGCCUUUUUUCUCUCAACUUUGUCUCAUGAUUCUUUUUCAUCAGGAACCAGCUCAACCACACCAUAGACACAAUGAAAACACAGACCGUAGGCGUUUAGGACAAGUCAAGAGUCGAGACACUCGCACAACCAACUCAUCCAGCACCGUCCUCAAGACUAGUCCAUCCUCGAUAUCUCAUCACAGCCAAAGCCUAGCCUGACGGGCCUUUUCGAAUGUAAUCAAGUGUUAGAAGGGC